GCUGAAUUUUUUGGUGACCUUAACAAUACAUGUACGCAGUGGAGAAAAUUUAAACAAGUAAUGUGUGGAAAAUACGCAGAGCGAGGAACGAAGUUCCAUAAACCACAUACUCCAUUUUUACUUCGACUUCAUCUCUUUAGAU